AUGCAAAAAGAGUUGCAGGCUUUAGAAACCAACCAGAUCUGGAUCUUUAUCAACUUGCCUAAAGGCAAAAAGGCCAUCAGGUGUAAAUGGAUAUACAAAGUAAAAUGUAAGCCUACAGGAGAGGUAGACAGAUAUAAGGCUCGCCUUGUAGCUAAGGAAUAUAACCAAAUUGAAGUAUCUGAGAUAGACUCUGUUAAGCAUGCUCUUGAUUCCAAAUUCACUAUUAAAGAUGUGGGUCACUUGAAAUACUUUCUUGCACUUGAAAUUGCUAGAUCUGAUCAUGGGAUUGUUCUGAGUCAAAAGAAAUUUGUUUUGGAUAUCAUUACUGAUGUUGGGCUUACAUCUUGCCCUGAUUCUGAAGACUUGCUUCCUUGCCUUGAUGUUUGUAGGAGACUCAUUGGAAGCCUUUUGUAUGUUAACAUUACUAGACUUGAUAUUAGCCAUGCGGUUCAGCAUCUUAGUCAAUUUAUGGCUAUUCCUCGGCAACCUCAUAUGGCUGUUGCAUUGCAUAUUCUCAGAAAAUCUCUUACUGAUCUGCAAAUUUCUCUUCAAUUACCUAUUGAUCUAAAAUGUGAUAAUAAAGCUACUUUAUCCAUUAUUGUCAAUCUUAUCUUCCAUGAGAGGAUAAAACAUAUUGAUAUUGAUUGCCAUAUUGUUUGA